AUCCCUUCCCAAUGGAUUUCGCUGUGGUAGCUGCCGCCGAUCGCAAUUAUGGCAAGCUUGAACUCAGGGCUAUAAACGGAAGAGCGCGCCCGGCUGCCGAGUGCAGCAUCCUCACGGUCUGAUCCGCACGGUGCCGCAAAGUCUGGCGCAACAUGCUCAAGAUCUUCGUCCGGCAGAGGCCGUACUUGAAGCCCGAUGCACCCAGGAUGUCGUGGGAAGAUGCGGAUGGAGCCGCAGUCGCGGAAGAGGAGACUGAGAACGACCUUAUUAACCUCACUCCGUUUGGCCUGCCGUUCGAAGAAGUGGGCGAGGAGCUUUCAACUCGGAUGGGCACGCAGUUGCACAUGUGGGUUGCGAUUGCACGCUUCAAGACCUGGGUGUACGAGGUCAUCGCAGCCGGCAAUAACUUUCGUGGUAAGGAUGGCGGGUGUGCUUUCUACUACUGUAUUCAUGAACAUGACGAUAGCUGGCUUCCGUAUAUCGAUGAUACGGACUGCGACUGGGAGGACGCGGAGAUCGUCAUUGAAUGCUUGCGCAUCGUCAAGGAGGUUGCGAAGUGGGAGGUAGCGCCGCUGUUGGUUAGUUAUGCUCAGCGCGGUAGUCAAGAAUAUCUGGUCUGCACGGAUAUUGCGGGACGAGGAUAUUCCUUGGGAGCACUGAUUCUGUUGGCUGGCUUCGCCUCGAGAUUUAUGCAAGUUGUAGAGUACAGCCCCUCUCGCGUCUCUUCUGAGUACUUCAUCAACAUUGCCUCUACGAGAGCUAUCUUCCUCACACAAUUCGGAUGCUAGCUUUACCCAAUCGCCUGCGCAAGUCCUCCCGUUUUCGUUCGCACUGCUCCCAUGCCUUUAACCUGGAUAUCGGUCACUUGAUUGCAUGGCAAUGGUUGAUAGCUUUUUUUUGUUCGCAU